AUGACUGGCUGUGCUUCAUUGUCAGCUAUCGCUGUCCUCGAAAAUCCCCGUGCAAUUGAAAAUUCCAAGACCUUGCUCUUCGAUGCCCAUUUCUACUUUCAAGAUACGCACGGGCCUGAUCCUGGCCUUGCCUCUCUUCGCUACUACAAUGGUAACGAGCUCUCCUUCGGGCAAGUCGGGGUAUAUUUCGUUCAUGUGAAUAUCGCAAGGAUGGAGCACGAGGUGUCCAGUGCGGCGGUUUUGGAUGGUUUAUCUAAGGAAAAAUAUGUUUUGGUGGGAGAUAUUGUGUCGAUCAUCCCAACCGCCGUGAAGGACAUUGCUGAUGUCAAAUACCGGCCCUUUGUCAAUGUCUCCGGUGUCGUGACCAGCGUCAACAGCACCGAUAAAACAUUCCAUCUCGCUCCCGAGACCUUUGUCCAUGCCCUCAAGAACAGCAAGACCAAAUCGACGCUCCCAAUCCGGUGCUUCUCCGCCGUCACGGCUCAAAGCUUGGGUGCCAAAAUCUCUGAUCCUCGCGUCGGUCACUACGUGACAGUUUCGGGGCAUCUUCAUCGGGUGAUCCGUCGGUUGGAGGAUAAUAUGGCAGACUUUUUCGACGUCGAGCUGGACAAGACCACCUAUCUUGGACCACCGUAUACUCCACCGUCGUCCCCAUCUGCAGGCAUCCCUACGACCCCAGCAGGCAAGAUCAGGUUCAGCUACACGGAGAGUAGCCCGUGUUUGUGUAAGAAGCGGAAGAUUACGGAGACUACGGCAUAA